UUCAUGUUGGCAACACUGACUUCAAUCAUGGCGAUUGUUGGUCUUUCUUUUGAGAACGAUUAAUUUCUGCCGUAUUUUUUUAUUAUUCAAAACUUAAAACGUUUUUCAAGUGUAUUGUUUAAAUCAUUAAUUCUAUCAUUAUAAUUGUGUCAAUAUCAGUAAAUAGGAAUUCUUAACAGUAAAAAUGAGUUCUGCUACGUCAACUGCACUAUUUGCUUGUUCCCGUUGUUUUUCAAGGCAUCCUUUCGAGGAACUAUCCCCUGGAGAACAACUGUGUAAAGAAUGCCGUGGUUCGUUCCCGGUGGUGAAAUGCACGUACUGUCGAUCGGAGUUUCAACAAACAAGUAAAUCAAAUACAUCAUCAAUAUGUAAGAAAUGUGAAGCGAAUGUGAAGGCUUAUGGCAAACCUACUGCAUGUGAAUAUUGCAACAUCAUCGCUGCAUUUAUUGGCAACAAAUGUCAGCGGUGUGCAAAUUCAGAAAGAAAAUAUGGGUCCGCUGUAACAUGUGAGCAAUGUAAACAAAGAUGUGCUUUUGACAGACAUGAUGAUAGUAAAAAGGUUGAUGGCAAACUGCUAUGUUGGCUCUGCACUCAAUCAUUGAAGAGAGCUCUUGCUAGAACCAAACAGCAUCUUUCUUCAGUUGACAAACACAAGCACAGAUCUCACAAAUCCAAACACAAUCACAAAGAAAAGCGUAAAUCUGACUCAAUGAAAGGAAAUGGUAACGAUUUAUCCAUGGGUGAUGCCCCAUUGGAGAAAAAAUCUAAACUAAACCCACUUCAAGGUUUGUUCUCAGGGGAAUUAGAUCCUAACAGUUCAGACCAUGUAGUAGCUAUGACACAAUUGAAGGAAACUAUUGCAAGUUUACAGAAGAAAGUGCAGCAGAAAGAGAUGGAAUUACUCUCCAAAGAUAAAUUGAUAACAGAACUUAAGGCCCAACACCACAAUGAUACAACAGACCUCCGUAUCGAGAUGAAGAACAAAGAGCGUCUUAAUGAGACAAAGUUCGGCCUUAUGAACAGCAAAAUCCAGAAUUUGCUUAAGGAGGUGGCAACACUGAGCAAGUCUGCUAAAAGAAAUAAUAAAAAUAUUAAAUCUCUGACAAACGAUAACAGUGGAAGUGGUACAGACAGCCCAAGCACCAAUUAGGACAAUUUAGGCACCGUACACACAAUCGGGUGAACUAUAUUUUUUUUCUGGGAAACUCAGUUUAACUGUUUAAAAAAAUUAGUUGACUGGCUCAAACUGUAAGAAACCUUAUUAUAAAGAAAUCACGUGUUUAUUGACAUUGACAUAUAGCUAAUAUAUUCUAAUUAAAUUUUAGUUCAAUGUAGUCUAAAACUGGUCGACCUAACUUUAUCAUGUUUUAUGCCCGGGCUCUAUUUUUAAAGCCACUGUCGCAAUAAGCAUUUUCAUGUAUGUCUAACUUCAUAGGAAAUGAUUUCACCGUUCGCACUAACAAUAAAUCUUAUAGCUUAAGAGUAUAGUAACAAA